UCCCUGGUCGUUUACUCUGGGUCUUCUGGUCUGUCCGAAGCAGAGCAGGAACUUCUCGGUCCAAACCUAUAAAGACCCUCCAAAGACCAGGACACGGACCACAGCAGAGACUCGUGUGUCAGCAGGGCUGUUAACAUCGUCCACGUUUUUAGCUUUUCUUACUCACUGACGUUACGUUACCUCCUCCAGCCAAAACAUGGAAAGCUCCGCGCUUGCAGCCUUUUCCACCAACCCGGCGAAAAGGGGAAGAAUAGACAGCUCGACUAGUUUAAAUUAAGCGGACAGGCGGCUGUUUUUAAACUUCAGUUUAGGGCUUUUGUCGAUCAGGCUCGUGUGAACCUCGGAGCUCUGAGGGAGAAAGAAGGAUCAGCGCGAGCGAACUGAACGGUAACGUUACUACUGGAAACCGCCGGUCGGUCAGAAUUCCAGUCAGGCUGUUCAGCGGGCUUUGUUUUGUUUUUGUACUCUCGCUUUUAAGCUUUUUUUUUUAGUUUUUUUCCACGGGUUUUUCACAGAGUUUACCUUUUUUAAUCAGAAAUCGUUCGCUUAGCUGUAACAGACAUGUCGACAAAGCUCUAGCUGAGCCGUUUUAGCCGUUUUAACGAGUAAUAAUACAUCGGCCUGCUUGUGAAGAUGACGUCACCGCCGUUGGCCCCGGGCAUCAAACUCAUCACCUCUUUCUCUAGAGAUAGCUGGUACAGAGGCUUCAUCCUCCUCCUUACGUUUCUCUUCUACACCGCCUACCACCUCUCCCGCAAGCCUAUCAGUAUUGUCAAGAGCCAGCUACACAGAAACUGUUCAUUUGUCAUUAGACCAGCCGACCUCAACAUCACAGACAAUGACACCUGGUGCGACUGGAUUCCUUUUGACCAAGACAAUUACCAGAACCUGUACGGGUACCUGGACAACUGCUUCCUCGUGGCCUAUGCCAUUGGCAUGUUUUUCAGUGGCAUGUUUGGCGAGCGGCUGCCUCUGCGAUACUACCUGGCUGUAGGGAUGCUCUCGAGUGGCGUCUUCACGGCGCUGUUCGGCCUGGGCUAUUACUGGAACAUCCACUCGUUGUGGUACUACUGUUUGGUGCAGGCUUUGAACGGCUUGGUACAGACUACAGGCUGGCCUGCAGUGGUGGCCUGUGUUGGGAACUGGUUCGGAAAGGGGAAGCGAGGGUUCAUCAUGGGGGUGUGGAAUUCGCAUACUUCAGUGGGGAACAUUCUGGGCUCACUUAUCGCAGGGGCCUUUGUGUCCUCUGCCUGGGGCAUGUCCUUCAUCGUGCCUGGAAUCAUCAUCGGAGUCAUGGGAAUCCUCUGCUUCCUGUUUUUGGUCGAAAAGCCAGAAGAUGUGAACUGCACCCCACCCCAGCAUCAUGAGGAUACAGAGCGGGAGCCACUGCUAAGAAACUCAACUAAUAAUGAGGAAAUCUUCAACAAUCACACGCCUGCUGUGGUGGAGGCUGCGGAGGAGCAGGCAGAGGCUAUAAGUUUCUGUGGAGCUCUUAGGAUACCGGGUGUGGUGGAGUUCUCCCUCUGCCUGCUGUUUGCUAAGCUGGUCAGCUACACUUUCCUCUACUGGUUACCUCUGUAUAUUGCUAAUGUUGCACAUUUUGAUCCUAAAGCAGCCGGGGACAUGUCCACGCUUUUUGACGUUGGAGGAAUUUUGGGUGGCAUUUUUGCUGGUGUCAUAUCAGAUUACACUGGGGGGAGGGCUACCACCUGCUGCGUCAUGCUAAUCGUUGCUGCUCCUAUGCUGUUCGUAUACAACCUCGUCGGGCAGCGCGGCGUGACAACCACUGUGGGCAUGCUGCUGUUCUGUGGUGCUUUGGUAAAUGGACCCUACGCCCUCAUCACCACAGCCGUCUCAGCCGACUUGGGAACUCACGAGUGUCUGAGAGGGAACUCCAGAGCACUGUCCACUGUAACGGCCAUUAUUGACGGAACUGGAUCAAUAGGUGCUGCUAUUGGGCCUUUGCUGGCUGGACUGAUCUCUCCCACUGGCUGGAACAAUGUUUUCUACAUGCUUAUUACCGCUGAUGUACUGGCCUGUCUGCUGCUGUCAAGGCUGGUCUUUAAGGAGGUUCGUGGUUGGUGCGGUUACACUACAAGACAGAGAGGGUUCAAAGAGAUCUGAGGUGCCUGCUGGACAAGUGAAUAUCACACCUGCAGUGGAAAAUCACCAGCAACAAAACCCACAAAAAAGGGGGGACCACGGCCUGAUCCAUCAGACAAAGCUGCUUUUUGUUAAUGCCCGCAGGCGCUGCCGUUUAUUUGAAUAUGGUAACUGGACACUUUCAUCUCUUUACACACCAGCAACGGAAACAAAACCCCACAACGGCGGGAUGAAAUGGGACGAUGAAGGGAUGGUGGCUCUCUGUCGUCUGAUGUAAAGAGGGAGAGAAAAAAAGAGAAAGAGAGAGAAUUGGAGCUCCUCUAUUUGAACCCAGGAUAUUUUUAUCGACCAGUGAUGAUUUUAUUUGUGUCGGGUUUUUUAAUCAUUAAAAUAUGCCAGCGGUGCAGACUUCUUUUAUCUUA